UUCGUUGCAGACUUUCUUGCCAAAUCUAAUGAUGUGAUUUGUAACCUCAAGAUUUCGUCAUCUUUGGGCUCAUCAGUCUGCCAAAGAAAGUGUACAAGUCAAAACCAGCGUAGAAUAAAAGUUCUGCCCAUCAGCACCUUUUUGUGUGGAGCUUCUGUUACCCCGCCCCAGCCUUGGGAAAAAUGGCAUUAUACUGUAUUUGGAUUGAGAAAAUUCCUCACCAAAGCGGACAGAGGACACUGCUGUGACGAAUUCUCCCGCGCGCAUGCUGCCUUUAUCGAGAUUGGCUGACAUGCGGCACACAUAUAUGAGCUCGCAUUUUCCCUCCCCAGCAAGCCAAAAGCAGUUCGGAUUGUUUUCACCGGAAGCGGCUUCCUCGCUCACAGUGGCUUUGCCCCGCGGUGGCGCCGCGUCCCUUGGCGGAGGGAUGAGGGAGAGACAUCAGCGUGGACGGAGUAGAGGACGAGGACGAGGAGGUGGAGUCUGUCCCAGCCCGCAUCUGGCCCGCUCCCCUCUACACCACGGGCCAAACCCGCCCUGAGCCUCUCACUCACUGACCGUCUGUUCCCCCGCACGCCUCGGCCCCGGACACCCCGGCUCAGCACCAGCACCCGCACACACGCGACCAGGACACGAAAUGGACACGGAAGGGAGCCAGAGCACCCUGUCCACCACGGACUCCGCUCACGACCCCUGCAAAAUGUUCAUAGGUGGACUCAGCUGGCAAACAACACAAGAGGGUCUGAAGGAGUACUUCUGCAAGUACGGCGAGGUGAAGGAGUGUAUGGUGAUGCGAGAUCCGAUUACUAAGCGCUCGAGAGGCUUUGGAUUUGUCACCUUCAUGGAUCAGGCUGGCGUGGACAAAGUUUUGGCCCAAACCAGGCAUGAGUUGGAUUCUAAAACAAUUGAUCCUAAAGUCGCGUUCCCCCGGAGAGCUCAGCCUAAGUUAGUGACUCGCACCAAGAAGAUCUUUGUGGGGGGCCUGUCGGUGAACACCACCAUAGAAGAUGUCAAGCAGUACUUUGACCAGUUUGGGAAGGUCGAUGAUGCCAUGCUCAUGUUCGACAAGACCACCAACAGACACAGAGGGUUCGGCUUUGUGACGUUUGAGAACGAGGAUGUGGUGGAGAAAGUCUGUGAGAUUCAUUUCCACGAGAUUAACAACAAAAUGGUGGAGUGCAAGAAAGCUCAACCCAAGGAGGUUAUGUCCCCUACUGGCUCGGCCAGGGGGCGCUCUAGGGUGAUGCCCUAUGGAAUGGACGCCUUCAUGCUGGGGAUUGGUAUGCUGGGUUAUCCAAGCUUCCAGACUGCCACCUACACCAGUCGUAGCUACGCAGGCAUCACCCCCGGAUAUACCUACCAAUUCCCCGAGUUCCACUUAGAGAGGACUCCCCUUCUGACUUCACCCCACCCCACUGAACUCACAGCGAUUCCCCUGACAGCGUAUGGACCAAUGGCAGCAGCGGCAGCAGCAGCAGUCGUCAGAGGUUCUACCCCAUCUCGCACAGCUGGAUAUUUGGGAACCAGCAGCCCCGGCCCGAUGGCGGAGCUUUAUGGAACAGCUGGUCAGGAGUCGGCGGUCAGCAGUUACCUCAGUGCUGCAAGUCCUGCCCCGAGUACUGGAUUCAGCCAUGGUCUUGGGGGCCCUUUGAUCGCCACGGCCUUCACUAACGGCUAUCACUGAAAAUCGGAGAGUUGUUGACGGAGGGAGAGCUGAAGGUAGUUGAAGCUGCUUUGGAGCUGAUCUGGCCCAAGCUCUGUCCACUUCACUUUUCAUGGUGGGGGAAGCUGACACGCCAACCUCCACCCCAUCUCACCCACGCACAUAGAACCACCCUCUUACUAUGGCAACCUCAACUCAGCCAACGCUCAGCAAAAUCAAUCUUUUUGAAAAGCCAGCAAACCAUAAAAAACACAUACAGAUGCUGUAUUUUUAGUGUUACUUUUUGGGCUUAUGUUUUCCCAUAUUGAGCGAUCGCUUUGUCUUACUAGGUUAUUUGACCUCUGAACCUGAAUCUCCAAUUGAAGGUUACCAACUGUGCUGCAAAAAAUGUCAUAUUAACAAUUAAUUUUUGAUCAUUUCUAUUUCUUGAAAAUUUGUCACGUGUACUGUAUCUUUUGGUAGAUUUGAACAAAAUCUUGUUCUGCAUUACGCAAGGAAACAGAUCAUUGGUCACAAUUACACGGUAGGCCUCCUUGAGCUGUACAAUGUUGUAAAAUACUGUAAAUAUGACUUUUGUUCGGGGUUCUAAGAGGUGGGGGCAGCUACUUUUAGGGUCUGGGAGGCUUUAGAGAAGUGAUUUGUUUUCUUCUUCUCUUCAGUCCUGAUACGUUGGCAACUUUGACGGUUUUUAGUUUUGUGACCAUCUCAAUACACGUCUGUCAUUGUUAGACCAGCCACAAGUUUGCCUCGGCAUUUCUCAAUCUGACACGUGAGUCUAUUAUUUCAUUGGAAAGCUGCUGUGAGUUCAGCAGAGGGAGGUGGUGUCCUUGUUUCCUUUGACUUUUUGGAGGAGUGGUGACAGAUGCACGUAAAAAUACUCCUUAGCUAGGAGAAGAACAAACAUACAGUUUUCUUACUUUGUCAUAUUGUUGUUUAACUGUGAUAUUUUUAAGAUGUGAAUAUUGUUUGUGGAAGAACAUGAAGGAGUAAUCUGUUGUGCAACCGUGCACACACAGACACAAACAUGCUGACGGCCGCUUCUCUCUGCUGGUUGUGUGUGUGUGUGUUAUGUAUUUUCCUAAAAUAUGCACCAUAUGCUGUUUUUGUCUGGGGGAAGUAUCAAUGUUGAAAAUGUGAAAUUUUUUAAUUUGACUUUUUAAUAAUACAUUAACAUAUUUGUCAAAUUUAUUGCGGUAUAUAUAUAUUUUUUAAAGGUGGCUUUUUCUAGUCACCUUGACAUCCCUCACACGAUAUUCACUGGAGGUCACAACUAAAGCAAUGUGAUGGCUAUUUUUCGACCAAAAUAAUUGUGAACAAAGUGAAUAGGAUCUUGCACUGGCUGGCCAAAUGGCAGAAGAACAAAGCACUCCACAUUUAAUAAAACGUUUUCAUAAACACUCAAAGUGCUGCAAGCUACCACGGUAGUUUUGAUGCUGUCUUCGAUGAAAAAACAAACCUGUCAAUACCGUUUCAGAAUUUCCUGUCAUGUUAUUUCUUUGGAGAAAAUAAAAACCUUUUUGAAUUUCUUAAUAAAUUAUUUAAAAACAUUCUA